AUCCAAUAGUUGCAUUCUCGCAUCUGUCUCUGUUACGAUGGAUUCGACAAAAUUAAAUAGGAACGUAGGAAGAAUAUUUCUGCUCUGGAUUUGGAUUGUAAUUAUUGGCAUUAGCCUUCGAAUAACACCGGUAGCAGGACAAUCACAGAAUGCUCCGUGUACCACCUCCACAGGCCAGAAGGGCCUGUGCGUUGCAGUGCAACGCUGUCAUCAAGAUCAAGCCUUAAACACUAUCGAAAAUCCAACGCCGGCUUCAGCUGCAGGUGCAGCAGCGGUCUGCACCUUAGCGGGUGCGGGAGUAGAACAAAGCAUUUGCUGUCAACCGUCCGAUGUGAUUGAGGAAGCAACAGCUUCCUCCCAAAGAACGAACCUGUUACCCACAGAAUGUGGCCGCUCAACGCCCGAUCUUAUUCUUAUUUUCCCGGAGACAGCAAAAGUGUUCGCCUACCCAUGGAUGGCUCUGCUGCGGUACAACACGAGCAGCAGUGGUACGGUCCGGAUUCGUUGUGCUGGAUCGCUGAUUAGCAAGCGGUACGUCCUGACUGCGGCACAUUGUUUGGAAAAGCAAGACACAUUACAGUCAUUGCAGGUCCGUUUGGGUGAGCACACCCUGGAUCAGGAACCGGAUUGCAAUACCUUCGCCAAGAUGAAAGAUUGCGCCGGACCUGUGGAAGAUUUCAACGUUGAAUCAUUCGAAGUGCAUCCGGAUUUCAACAAGCCACGGCUUAACGGCGAUAUUGGUCUGAUCCGUUUGGAUCGUGACGUUGAAUUUAAGGAUCACAUUCGACCAAUUUGCUUGCCAACCAUUCCGGCGUACCGGUCCAAGCGACCCUCGGCGUACAUUGUGUCCGGUUGGGGAGCGACCGAAAGCGCAGUCCCGUGGUCGGUUCUUCUGCAGGCAAUCGUUUUUCCGGUGGACAAUGCCGAUUGUGCGCGGAAGCUGGCGCAAAGUCAUUACAAAGUGCAGCUCAAUGAGGGGCAGAUGUGCGCCGGUGGUGGCCGCAAAGGAGCCACGUGCCGGGGAAAUUCGGGUGCCCCGCUUGCUUCCUACGUGCGGUCACGCAACGGCACCGGACGGUUCGUACAGCACGGUAUUCUGUCGGCCGGAGGACAUGCAUGCGGCGAGGAAGCCCUGCCGGAAAUCUACUGCCGGGUGGAAAGUUAUGUCGACUGGAUUCUGGAUACUAUUAGGGACUAAAUUUUUACAAAAAUUUUCAUAAUGCGUAUCUUCAACUCUCCAUUCUGACCAUUCUAUCUCAUUUUUAACUUUUUGUGGUUGGUCUGUAUUUUUUCAUCAAAAAUGCAUGCAUCUUCUUUGCGAAUGAAAAUC